GAGAAAAAUAGAAGAGGUAGAUAUUACUGGUGCUGUGAAUAUAGAAAGUUGAAAAAGUGUCCUGGUCAUGCAACAACAUAUUUAAUCAAGAACUUGCAUUAUCUACAAGAUGAUAGUGGUAAACAUAAUCACUUGCCUGAUGCUAGCCGUUCAGAGAUUGUAAAAGCAGUCACUGAAAUUAAAAAAUGUACCUCAGAAAGUAGAGAAAAGCCU